AUGAGAGACAAACAAAAGGGCUCUGCUGCACCCCAGCAGUCUGUCUCGUAUCCAGAUGAGGUCGGAUGCUGCGAAAAUCUUCCAGAAUGCAUCAUUGUCAAUAUUCUUCUACACCUUCCACUAAGCGACCGCUUUCACGCAGCUCUGAGCUGCAAACAGUGGUACGCUGCGUUCACCACUCGGGCAUGCUGGAAGCAUUUCCACUUCAGCUUUUACAGCCGCAAAGACGCCCGGCUACUCCAGUGCAUAGACCGCUUCGGCAGCCAUCUCACGCGGGCAACCAUUCAACUUAACCAGUUCCAAAACGUCAACCGUACAAAUGCGGUGCAAGCACUAUCGCUCCUCGCCAAGAGUUCAGAGGCACGGCUGUCGCACCUGAAGAUCAGCUGCACGGGGGAAAACCCUCUCUUCUACGCAGGGAAAGAAUUUGUGUCUGCUCUGGAAGGACUCUUCGGAAAGCCCAACAGCCGCCUGGUUCAUGUGGACCUCAGUGGUUUUCCCAUGAUGAUAGACUGUUGUACAGUUGAUGUGCUGUCCCAGAACAACCCUCUACUGGAACACCUCAACAUCCAGAAUAACAACCUGAUCUGUUUGGUGCUGCCAGGCUGCAUUGUCAGGCUUGCCCAGCGUUGCAGGCAGCUGCGCGAGCUCCACAUCCACAUGUGCAGCUUAUCUCGGGAAGCCAUGCUAUGCUUUCUUGAAGCCAACCGCGUUAAUCUGGAACACCUGUCGCUGAAGUGCCGCAGCGGAGAGGCUUACACCAACAGCCCGCAGACCGACAACGACCAGCUCAGUUCGGAGCUAUGGUGGAAGGUCCGCAGCAUGCUGCCCAAGCUCGGGGUUACCCUCCACUUCGAUCAGACUUGCCCGCUUGUCGUGAUUCCUGUCAUCAUGAAGCCCGAAGUCCCCUGCAAAGUGUUGAGGCUCGAGACGUUUACCAUCAUCCAUGACAUGGUACUGCAGGCUGCAGAAACCUACUCGGAAACACUUGAGAAGCUCAUCCUUCAGGCACCGCCUAGCGUUGAACUCGAGAAUGCCCUUCUGAGACUGUCCACGAGAUGUCGCAAGCUGAAAGCACUGCACGUCUUCUGCCCUCUUACUGCUGGGACAAUACAUGCAAUACUGGAGGAGCACCCACUCAUGAAGAAAAGUGGACUGUUUACCCUAAGGUCCGAGAGGGGUACGGAUGGCCCUUGGGCCUCGGACGAAAAAGUGGAUGCAUGAGGUGGUACUGUUGUGCACUACGCCUGUCAGACUGCCUUCUGAUGCAAAGCUUGGGGAUGUGCAGCCUGCUGCAAGAGUAGUUGCUAUGCUGUGUCAAACUUUGCUGCAGUGCAUGAGCUGACAAAAUAAGCCUUUGUUCCCAUGGCCUUUUGCGAGACGGGUAUCCUGAUCAAAUUCAAAGCUCCUAAAGUCUGCUUAUUUCAUUGCGAUUUGGGAGACCCCUCUCGCACGCCCUUUUGGAAACUACAGCGAAUGUUGCGAAAUAGAGGAACAUUGGGUGCUGAUAAAAAGUAAGAGUUUUACGGCACAGUCACAGAUACUGUAAUCCUACCUAUUUUCUGAAUAUCAUGAUAGUCAGUGUUCAUACCAUAUGCACAAAAGCUGACCAUUCCUUCUCCACCAACUUCUGGUUUGGAACAUGUUCCAAAAAUGGACAACAUACAUAUAGGGUGACCACCUUCCUGCCAGCAAAAAGCGGGACACGCUGACGGCGGUGGGGGGAUGAAAUGAGCAGGGCAGCAUUAUCACAACUGCAGCAACUAAAAAAGAACAUGGGAGGCAAUAUAUUAACACGCACACCACGAAAUGUGGCUGACGGCAUAUUAUACACUUGCAAACUGUAUUAUGGCAAUUAAUCUUAAAUAAUUUUCACCCCCAGUGAUAUACAAAAAUAUAUAUAUAUAUAUAUAUGUAAUUUUUUUUUUUUUUUUUAUGCCAGAUGUUAUUAAA